GUUGAGCGCAUGCGCUUCGAAUUGCUCUGAUCGGCAUCGAGUACGAGUAUAGAGUUGUUAGUCGACCAGACAACCUGAUUUUCCUUCCAGCUCCAGUUGUCACUGUGGAUUAUAUUUAAAAACUCACACUCCAUCAGGAUUAAUGAAACGUUCAACGAUGUCCGGAAAAUCGAAAGCAUUUACGAAGGAGGAAGAAUUACUUCUUCAAGAUUUUUCAAGGAACGUAUCAACUAAAUCUUCCGCAUUAUUUUACGGCAAUGCCUUCAUCGUUUCGGCUAUUCCAAUCUGGCUCUUCUGGAGGAUUCACCUAAUCGAUCUGUAUUCUAAUUUGAUCUCGUUUGUCUUGGUCACAUUAGUCAGCACGUAUGCUCUAGCGCUAGCUUACAAGAAUACUAAGUUCGUCCUGAAACAUAAGAUCGCUGUGAAACGUGAAGACGCUGUAACGAGGGAGAUGAGCCGUAAACUGGCAGAGGAUAAGAAAAUGAGCAAGAAGGAAAAAGACGAAAGAAUUUUGUGGAAAAAGAACGAAGUGGCAGAUUACGAAGCGACAACAUUCUCAAUUUUUUACAACAACGCUCUCUUCUUGGCUCUUGUAAUCGUCUCGUCUUUCUACAUUCUUAAAACGUUCACACCGGCGUUCAAUUACGUUCUUUCGGUUGGAGCAACGAGUGCUCUUCUGGCCUUAUUGUCAACGGGCUCUCAAUAAUGAUAUGCGGAAAAUCGCUUUAUUUGAACGAGAUUUUAUCGAAAUAUCGUUGCUAAGUUAAUCCUUAAAAAAACCCUGCGAAUGUUUAGUAAGAUUGUCUUUUGAUACGUGCGAGUGUGCAAGAACAACAAAUACCCUAUUUAUAAUAAAAAUAUUUAAAAAAAAGCUCCCCUGUUUGUCCUCACUUGUUCAUUGACGCCUAUCGAAUCGAUAAUUCAUUGCACGAUCAACGUUCAAUAAAAAUCUGAAUAACCUUACCCUUAACGGGCUAA